UGACAGGCGGUCUCCUCUCCUCUCCUCUCCUCUCCUCCUCGGGACGGAACCCCACGCAGCUGCUGCGGUUCCUCAGAGCCGGACGCGGCGCCGUCAGGAGCGGACCCCGCGCGCCUCGCUGCUGGGAUUUUUAAUCGCGCGGACUUCCUACAGCCUCAUCUAGGAGUCUACUCAAUCUGUUGCUUCUGAUUAACCUCCUCGCUCCUUUUUUUAAUUUUUUUUUGUUUUAGUUGAUGACUCCUGAAAGACAAACUUGUGAAAUCCAAGCGCGCCGCCGGGGUUUUAAUGUGCUUUAUGUGUUUGCGCUCAACAGUGAGGUAGACGGGCGCGUUCUCCCGGAGGCUCGGUGCGGUUUACCCCGUGGAUGCGGCUCUUUGGGUCUGUCUCGGAGCCCUGCAGGAUCAACCUGUCAUAGGGCACUAUGAUUUCACCGGGUCUGCACAAGUGGAGGAGGAAUAUCGCUCCUGAGAUGUUGCUUUUUGUGCCAAUUUUGUGGUUCACAGCGCUGACCGGAGCGGCUCCCUCUCUGACCACCGAGCAGAUGGACACGGGGGUGGACUGGCUGAGUAAGUUCGGCUACCUCCCACCCCCUGACCCGGUGACCGGCCAGCUGCAGACCAAGGAGGCCCUGACCAAGGCCAUCAAAGCCAUGCAGAAGUUCGGAGGGUUAAAGGAGACCGGAGUUUUAGACCAAGCCACGUUGGGACUAAUGAAAACACCAAGAUGUUCGCUGCCAGAUGUGUCUCAGGCCGAAGCGACGAAGCGCAGGAAAAGAAGUCUGAUUCCUCCAAAUAAGUGGAAUAAGAGGCAUCUUUCCUGGAGAAUGAGGACCUACCCGAAGGAUUCAGCCCUGCUGGGCAGGGACACGGUCCGAGCCCUCAUGUACUACGCCCUGAAGGUCUGGAGCGACAUCGCACCCCUGAACUUCCACGAGGUGGCCGGCAGCAACGCAGACAUUCAGAUCGACUUCACUAAGGCUGACCACAACGAUGGGUACCCCUUCGACGGUCCUGGUGGAACAGUAGCGCACGCUUUUUUCCCUGGCGAGAGGUUCACAGCCGGGGAUACACACUUUGAUGACGAUGAGGCUUGGACCUUCAGAUCACCUGACUCCCAUGGGAUGGAUUUGUUUGCGGUUGCAGUUCAUGAGUUCGGUCACGCCAUCGGCCUGGUCCACACCUCGGCCAUAGAGUCCAUCAUGAGACCGUACUACCAAGGUCCUGUGGGAGACCCUCUGAAAUAUGAUCUACCCUACGAAGACAAAGUUCGUGUUUGGCAGCUCUACGGUGUCAGAGACUCUGUGUCUCACACAAAUCAACCAGGUAACCCCUCCCAGACCCCUGAGCCGCCCGUUCUUCUUGAUCUUCCUGAAAACAGAUCCACUGUCCUGCUAGCACGAGAUGCCCCAGACAGAUGCACCAGUCACUUUGAUGCAGUGGCCCAGAUACGCGGCGAGGCCUUCUUUUUCAAAGGAAAGUACUUUUGGCGGCUAACAAGAGAGAAGCACCUGGUAUCUCUUCGUCCCGCACAGAUCCAUCGCUUCUGGAGGGGUCUCCCAACCAACCUGGACAGUGUUGAUGCCGUGUACGAGAGACCCGGGGACCACAAAAUAGUGUUUUUUAAAGGCUUAAAAUACUGGGUGUUUAAAGACAACAACGUGGAGGAGGGUUACCCUCGUCCAAUCAGUGACUUUGGCCUACCCAUGGAGGGGGUGGACGCAGCUUUCGUUUGGCUGCAUAACGACAAAACCUACUUCUUCAAGGACAAACAAUACUGGCGCUACGACGACCACCUGAGACGAAUGGACCUGGGCUUCCCUAAAGACAGUGUCCUCUGGAAGGGGCUGCCCUCCCAACUGGAUGAUGCCAUGAGGUGGUCUGACGGCUCGUCCUAUUUCUUCAAAGGGAAGGAGUACUGGCGAGUGCCGGGAAGCGACAUGGAGGUGGAGGCAGGCUACCCCCGCCUCAUCGCGAAGGACUGGCUGCUCUGCACCGAGAUGCAGUCGGACGCUCCAGACACGGAAGCUAAAAGCACGGAGACGAGAGUCAACGUGCACCCGGACCACGCCGAGAACGGAUACGAGGUGUGCUCCUGCACCUCUGACACCGCCUCGCCUUUAGGCUCCCYCCUCUCCCCGCCUCCCACCUGGCUGCUGCCGCCCCUCUGGACGCUGUUGCUGACCCUCUGCUCCGAACUGCUAUGAUGCUGAAGCAUGGGGACUAAMUUCUAUAAAACGGACAAUCCAACAACUGGAAACUAUUAUUAUACCAUUUUUGUAUCCUUUUUGCUCUGAACCUUCAGUUAUUUAUUUAACAUGUCAUAUUUGAAGGGGGAGGGGCUUCUAGAAAAAGCAGAAGCACCUAAAAGGUUAAUGCUUUACCCUUUUUUAUUAGUAAAUAAUCAGACUGCUGCAUCUCUGCAAGAAAGAAAAUGUACUGAAUAAGAAAUAUAUUCCAAAUUUUUGUUU